UUCUUUGAAUAGCCCUUUCCGGUUUAGUUCUUGGGGCAAGAAGCCGUAGUUUCGGUUUUUAUUAUUUUUAAUCGCCUCUAAUCCAGCAAAAUGAGGAUCUAUAAGGAUAUUAUUACCGGUGAUGAGAUGUUCUCUGACACAUACAGAAUCAAGUUGGUUGAUGAAGUAAUUUACGAAGUCACCGGCAAACUGGUGUCUAGAAAGCAAGAUGACAUCAAAAUCGAAGGGUUCAACCCUUCAGCUGAAGAGGCCGAUGAAGGAACAGACUCUUCUGUGGAGAGUGGUGUGGAUAUAGUGCUCAACCAUAGGCUAGUGGAAACAUAUGCCUUUGGAGACAAAAAAUCUUACACGUUAUACCUUAAAGACUACAUGAAGAAAUUAGUAUCAAAAUUGGAAGAGAAGGCCCCAGACCAAGUAGAUGUAUUCAAGACCAACAUGAACAAAGUUAUGAAAGACAUCCUAGGCAGGUUUAAGGAGCUCCAAUUCUUCACGGGGGAAUCCAUGGACUGCGACGGCAUGGUCGCCAUGAUGGAGUACCGUGAUGUGGACGGCACACAGAUCCCCGUCAUGAUGUUCUUCAAACACGGUCUUGAGGAGGAGAAGUUCUAACUUGUGUUACUGCUUAAGUGAAAGUACUCAUAUUCCAUAACACUCUGGCGCCUAAUUUUUCAUUUAAUUUUUUUAUUUAUUUACAAUCAUGUCUGCAUCGGCUGGAACCGGCUAUCUCCCCAUUACAAGGCUGAACAUUUUUGUAAUGUUACUAAAUGUUACAUAAUAUAAAUAAAUAAAUGAACAAUUAACAUA